CUGGGCUCAGACCAUGCUAUUUCCAUUCAAGCUGUUUCCUAUUGCAGACUGAUCAGCCCUCAUCAGUACAUGAGAUGGGAAGGAAUGAUAAUGAGACGGCCAUGACAGAAUUCAUCCUGUUAGGCCUCUCGAGUAACCCUCACACAAAGUUGACCCUCUUUGGCCUCUUUCUCCUCAUUUACCUCAUCACUGCCGUGGGCAACGGCCUUCUCAUCCUGCUCGCCGUGGUGGAUCCCCGUCUGCACACCCCCAUGUACUUUUUCCUCGGCAACUUGUCUUUCCUUGACAUCUGCUAUACUACCAGCAGCAUCCCCCAGAUGUUGGCUCACUGCCUGUCAGACAGGCCAACAAUGUCCUACGCCCGGUGUUUCGCCCAAAUGUAUAUCCUUCUCUUCUUGGGGAUGACUGAGUGCCUCCUUCUGGCGAUGAUGUCCUAUGACCGCUGGGUGGCUGUGUGUAACCCACUGCGCUACAUGCUCAUCAUGAACAGGAAGGUUUGCAUUGCCCUAGCCACUUUUUCGUGGGGCUGUUCUUUCCUCCUGAUCCUGGUGCCUUCUCUCACCACACAGGCCUCGCUGUGCGGGCGUAACAUUAUCGAUCACUUUGUGUGCGAAAUCCAGGCCGUACUUACACUGGCCUGCUCGGACACCCGCAGUAACUGGGCUCUCAUGUCUGCCACCAGCAUCUUCACUUUGCUCCUGCCCUUUGGCUUCAUCGUGGUCACCUAUGGCCGUAUUAUCGUGGCUGUGCUGAAAAUGCAAUCCACAGAAAACAGGAACAAAGCCUUCUCAACCUGCAGUUCCCACCUCAUGGUAGUAGCCAUAUUCUAUGGGACAGCCAUGUCCAUGUACCUACAGCCUCAGGCCAAGUCUUCCUCGGAUAAGGGCAAGUUCAUUGCCAUAUUCUAUGGCACCAUCACUCCCAUGUUGAACCCCCUGAUCUACAGCUUAAGGAACAAGGAUGUGAAGCAAGCAUUCUGGAAGGUGGCUGGGAGGAAAAGGUACCACUCCUGAAGAAGCCUAAU